CUUCGUACUAUCGCCCGCUCUGGGGCUUGGAAUCUUGCGCUUCUCUGUUCUGAAUUCUCUUGCAUCUUCCCAAAUUCGGUUCAUUCCACUCAAUUAUGUGGAUCAAAUGACUUGUUGAUUUUCAGUUCAAAGGCCUGCGCGACAAUACCUCAAGCUGUCAAAGCUGUCAAAUUUGUUCUGGCGCCUUAUGAGUUAAAGAUUGGUCAACUUCACACCAGUCGCUCCUCUGUUUUCAGUGGUGAGAAUGGUUACUACCUGGACAUAAGUGGUUUGGUUGUCUGAUAUAAAUGUUUUUCUAAAUAUUUGAUGCCCCUUAACGUGAGACCUAUAAAUAUUAUUUUACAUGCACACAUGAAAGUUUCUUUUAGUUUUCAUGCAAUCCUAGUGUCUGUUGAUAGAAAGACAUUCUUUUAAGGGUGAGAGGAGUAAUUACUAAGGUCUCUGACUGAGUAACAAGGUUAGGGUUCAGAUCAAGAGAUGGGAAGCGUUGAUUUUGUUUUUGUGAUACAAUGGUGAGGUCACCUGUCCCGUGUCAUGGAUUACCAUUUUUAUCUCUGGUGAAUACCUCUGAAUGUGUGUGAGUGUGGGUCUCAUGGAUGAAACAUCCAGUGGCAUACCAAAAAGGACUUGACAGCCAGCUGAAGCAGUGACAUGUUGAAGCUUCUAAAUUAACUUUCUUUUUAUUAAUAUUUUAUUUUAUAAACUUUUAUAUUGGUUUCUAUUACAUGCAAAGAAGUAUAAUUUGGUGCAGUACACAGGCUUUUAGCUGCAGAUUUACCAGCAAGGAUGUCAACCGGACCAACACACUGGUGUUAUGAGUGUGGGCAUCCGAUUGCACUUGAAGGCAGAGAGGUCAUUUGCCCUUACUGUCAUGAAGGCUUUGUGCAAGAACUUAAUGAGAGGCAUGGGUUUCAACCAUAUAACGCUCUUGAAGAUUUUCAUCACAUGCCCGAUUUUUUUGAUGCCAUACAUGCCUUUAUGGCGCAGAGAGUUUCUGAACCAAGAUUCGGGCUUGUAGAUGCUUUUGACAAUUUCAGGAGGCAGAGAAUAGCUGGGCAAUUCCCCAACAUUGAUGUUAGACAAAGGUCUGAUACUGCACUAUUUCCUGAAUGGAGUCAGGAUUUUUUCAAUUCUGGCCCUUCUUUCAUGUUUCAUGGUAGUGGAGGGGAACCUAGGCCUAUUGAUUUUGGUGGUUUGUUGAUGGCCCCUGGACUGGAAGCAUUUAUUCAACAGCUCACCAUGAAUGAUCAUAGAGGUCCUCCUCCAGCCUCACAUUCCUCAAUUGAUGCAAUGCCUACUAUUAAGAUCACGCGAGCGCAUCUUCGCUCUGAUUCACAAUGUCCGGUCUGUCAAGAAAAAUUCGAGCUAGGCACCGAGGCAAGGAAGAUGCCUUGUAACCAUAUUUAUCACUCCGACUGUAUUGUUCCCUGGUUGGUUCGGCAUAACUCUUGUCCUGUUUGCCGUAUUGAGCUGCCACCUCCAGGACAGGGUAGCUCUCGUGGUGGAAGUCAUGGAGGUAGGAAUGUCAGCAGCAGCAGCAUCCAUGGUAGCUCGAGGAGACAGAACCAAGGAAGGAGAAAUUCGCUAUCAUCUUGGUGGCCAUUCUGAUCUCUCAGUUGAAA